AUGACUUCCACCAUCGGCAUCCCAAUCAAGCUCCUCAAUGAGGCAGAGGGCCACAUUGUUACCCUCGAAAUCACCUCCGGCCAGACCUACCGUGGCAAGCUCCUCGAAGGCAAUUCUCAAUUACUGACCUGGCGUUUUCCUCAUGUAGCUGAAGACAACAUGAACGUCCAACUCAAGGACAUCACCGUCACCGCCCGCGACGGCCGCGUCUCCCACCUCGACCAGGUCUACAUCCGAGGCUCCCACGUCCGCUUCUUCAUCGUCCCCGACAUGCUGCGUAAUGCGCCCAUGUUCCGAAGCCGCAACGUCCGCGGACGUGGUGUCGGUCUGGCCAGAGGUCGUGCCACCGUCAGCCGUGCCCGCGCUGGUGGCAGAGGCGGCGGUCGGUAA